AUGUUGGUAUUAAAAGAUGAUCGUGGUGAAGCUCAAUUUAAGUUCUGGGUUCAUAAAUACUUUAAAUUAGUUAUUAUUGGUGAAUUACAAGUUGUUUAUGGCAUUAAAUCAAAUAAUCCGGUGGUCACAUAUGAACAAUUCUACACAACCAUUAAAGAAUGCCAUGAAAGAGUAGGACAUCAUGAAUUGCGUGCUAUUGAUUCUCAAACAUUACCAACACAAACAUUUAUUCAAGCUUGUAAAGAUUAUGUUAACAGUGGACUUAAUCCAGUGGUGGAAGCUUGUGUUUGUAAUGGUGGUUGUGCUACAAAAGAUGUCCAUGCAAAGCAGCUAAAGUGUCAUCCUGCUAAAAAGAAAUCUUGUACAAAUAUAUAG